AUGAAUGCUCUUAAUAUAACAUUUAUUUCUAUUUCUGUUAUUUUUGGUGGAAUUGCUUUAGUAUUAGCUUGUGUUGGUAUUGGUACACCUAAUUGGCAAAGUACAAAAGUAACAGUCAAUGAACAGACAUAUACUGUUCGUACGGCAAAUUUUUUUUAUGCAUGUCAAUUCUAUCUAAAUGAUUCAACAACAAAUUGUAUACAACGUAGUUCUAAUCGUAAUAUUAAUCAAUAUUAUCCAAUUGAUGCUCGAGGAAAUCAAACUGAAUGGAAUCAACAUUUAGAUAGUGCAGCUGGUCUUUCUAUCGUUGGAAUUAUUUUUAUUUUCUUAGGAACAGUAACAACAUUAGUUAUGCUUCCUGGAACUUGGGCUGUAUGGAUUUAUUUAAUUGGACCUAUAUGUUUUUUCCUUGCUUGCCUUUUUAUGCUUGCUGGUAUGGCUGAAGGUGCAUAUGUACUUUAUUAUAAUGAUUAUGCAGCUAAUUUAUAUCAGACAGCACAUUUAAUUACGAUAUUUAGUUUUUUAAUGAGUUCAAUAACAGCUGGACGUCUUUAUACAAUUCCUGAAGUAAGAGAAUUUAGUAUAGCUGAAAGACAACAGUAA